CUCAAAAACCAGGUCCAUUAUCUGAUUCCCCCUUUUCUGGUGCCCGCCACUCUCACUCAGGCCAACACAGCCAUCAGAUAGGAACAGAAGUCAAGGAAUUCUCAUCUGUUCAGUGUUAACACAAAGAAGCAAUUAGUUUUGUUAUUCAAGACAUUUUGUUUCUGAAUGUCUGUAUCUGAGGAUAUUGAGCUGUAGUUUUGUUGAAGUUGGAACUGUGUAUGGUUUAUUGUUUUGUAAUCCUUACUUGUGUUUAGUUUUAGGUGCAAAAUUUUCAUAUAGAGAAAGGCUGUAUUAAUUUCAUUAUAAAAAGGUAACAAAGAGAUGGAACAACCACUGUUUUGUCAUAGAAGAGGAGCUGAAGCAGUGCUAACCCUUCAACCCAACACGUCAAUCUCCAUUGCCUAUCACCCACGAUUUGGUCCUCACGAUGACCUAAUUCUGCUUGAGCUUGAUGAGAAGCUUAUCCCUGACAUCCUUCAUGAAAGAGUAACCUUAAGAGGACAGCCAGAUGAAGAUGCAGUUCUUUGCACACAGUUGAAAACAUAUGCGGUUAAGUUUGUUGGAACCUCUAACUCUGUAUUCCUUAUACCUCCCUCAGAUCAAUCAGUUUCGCAUGAAAAACCAUUAGAUUGUGAUGAGAAAGAUCAUGACAAGAUGGUGAUUGCAUCUGUCAUCAAAGUGGCACCUGGUAGCAUGGAGUUGAUUGAGGUUGCUCCCAGAUUAGACAAGCUUAAAUUGCUUCUCUCGGAGAAUCCUUAUGGGGCAGAUGAGGUGAUAGAGGUCGAGGAUUUGGAGGGAAUGGAAAAGAUUAAUACAGGUUUGUAUAGGUGGGAUGAUCUAAUUGAGAGGGUACAAGCUAGUGACGAGGAAUUGAGGUCUGGAUUACGAGCUCUUUCAGCGGUAGAGAUUGAUGGAUAUUGGAGAAUUGUGGAUGAGAAGUAUAUGGACGGGAUUCUGAACAUGCUUUUCCACAAUUUGAUAUUAAAUGACUGGUCAUAUAAUGCACUUAAUGAAGAUGAAGUUGUGGGUGUGCUAGAAUUAGAUGGGUAUCCUCGAAAAGUUGCAUGUCACUGUUUGCAAGUUUAUGCUAGUAAGGUGGAUGGGGUUGCCAGUGGAAGUUGCUUGUGGAAGUUGGAUGAGAAACGAGUUUGCCUUCAUUUUGCUAGAGGAAUCUUGAGAGGAGGGAAGAAGAAAAUGGAGAGUUUCAUGGAGGAGUGGAUUCGAAAGGUUCCUGAAGGAAUGCAAGUGAAUUUUAACAUGUUGGAGGGGGAAGUUCUAAUAGAAAAGCUUGGAAUAGAGAGUUGGGUAUAUGCCUUCAGUGUUUCUUCUCUGCCCUCCACACCUGCUGAUCGAUUCUCAAUACUCUUUCGAGAGAGACAAAAAUGGGAGUGGAAGGAUCUACACCCUUACAUCAGGGAUCUAAGUGUACCUGGACUUUCUUCGGAUGGGUUACUUCUCAAGUACACUCGGAGAACUCAGCCAACCCUGGAUGCAGAACCUGUUUUUAGUGCAAGGUAGUCUAAUUUUAGACACUCAGAAGUUCUUUGGUGUUUUGUGUUUCCUUUGUUGGUUCAUGGUUGAAGCUUCAGCCCACCCUAAGGUGUGUACUGCACUCAAAAUUUCAAAUAUUUAUAUGUUUGUUGAGCGCAAACGGUUCUAUAAUCCUUGCUCUAUGGCUAUGAAAUUCAGAAAGAUUACCUUGAGCAUUUGGCCACCUAAAGCGUAGCUAGUCUAUGUCGGAUUUAUGAGAAGCAAAUGGUAGGCAAUCUUAACCCCGUUUUGGAGAAGCUAGUUCUUUAACGUAAACCUGUAAUAUAUCGCUUGGACUGAUGUGAUUAUGCCAUCGCUACAGACCUCUA